GUCGAGAAGCACAGAGUACUUACAGCUUGUCUGCGUGUUUUCAAGUAAUUUAUUGCGAGCGCUUUUUCAUACGGCCGUGUUGGUACAGCUUUUACAAAUGUCUUAAUGUGUCCUCGGACAACAUCAAGAAAAAGAAUCGCGGUGUCACGAUAGCAUUGACCCCUCUCGGCGUCCGACCGUGAAAACAAGAUUGCCUCGGAUUCGUCGAAAAACAGAAUCGAAGAUGCCGAAAAUCGCCCUCACCCGCGAGGACGGUCUGAAUGACCAACUCGAGCAGGCCGUUCGAGCGCACUACAUGAAGCACGUGUCGGUGUUCGAUGACCACAUUUCGUAUGAGGAGCUCCCGGGUGUCGAGCAGAUCAAGGGCCCGGACUUCCAGCGGCUGGCCCGGCUCUGGGAUAAGGAAGAGUUCGACUGCUGCUGCCUGCUUGGGACGGAAGCGGCCAAGAUCUACGUGGACCAGUGCAAGCACUUCGACUACGCGAAGUUGGUGUGCGUGGGCAAGGGCACACUGGAAGUCUUGCAGAAGGAGAGGAGGAGCAGCAACGUGGUGACGCUGCCGGACAAGGCCACCGCCGACGGCACCGGGUUAGCGGACCACUUGCCCCUGGCAGUCGGCACCCGCCUGCUGCUGCUCUGUUCGGUGCAGCAGAAAGACGAAUGUACUUCUUAUUCUUGAAGAUGUGACGAGGUCCGAUAGUUGCUUCGGAAUAUUAUUCGGAGGACGAGCGCUAUCUAGAGAGAUCACUUUGUACUUCAGGGUGAGGAAGUGCAGCUUUUUGUUGAUGCUGAAUAACAUAGAAAGGUGCCGUUCUACUUCGCAAUCAUUUGUUUACAUCGUGAACAAGUAGAAGAGUUUACACACACUACAGGCAAAUCCACUUUAGAGCAGCGGGGUUUCGAGACCACGGUGUUUCAGGUGUAUUCCACCCAUAUCAAAUGCAAAAGUGUCUGGGUCUGGAAGAAUAAUGCUGUUUUUGCAUGACACAGAAGGUCUGGCAUGGAAGCUCCAGCAUCACAGGUUUGGAGAAGCGUUCACAAUGCCGAAUCCGCAUGACAAACCCCUGACUUUUGUGACAGAAAGCGGGCAACUUUUGCUGCCUAUGCAUGAGAGAUUUUUCUGUGUUCUGAAAUGCGCAUCACAAGUUUGCACUCUUCCAGACCCAGACAUUUUUGCAUUUGAUAACCCAGCCCCGCACGGAGCCCCCGACGACCUUCGACUUUUCGAAAGUGGACAUCUGGACCUUCGGCAGCGCCUCGGCCGUGAAGGGCGUCGCGCAAUGGAAGACGGCCAACGUGAAGGUCGCGAUUUGCGUGAACCUGACCACCGCGAAAACGGCACAACAGCUGCUGCCCGCGAAACUGGAGGACGGCAGCGAACUGAAGAUCGAGUGUGCGGACAAAUCCGGUGUGAAAUCCUGGGCCGCGAAGGUGGUGGACUUCCUGAAAAAUGGGCCGAGCAAAGAACAGAAGGACUUCGCGGCCGAGAAGGACAAAGAAGCAGCAGACCACCACCUCCCGGCGAAGAGUAGCGGAGCAGCGACGAGUAAAGCAAGCGCAACGACGCCGAACAAAGAGAAGAAGGAUAUGGCAUUCUCAAACAUUUGUGUUGAAUCAUCGCUGUAUUUUUACGCAGAAUCUGAAUCACUCUUCACUUCUAACACGAGGACCCUCCACACGAUCCAACUGCUUCUAUGCAUGACAAGUUCUUGACGCGCUAGAGUAGAGCAUGGAACGAAUCCGCAAUCUCAAUCUGUAAAGCAAGACGCGCAAUCGCAAAAAUAAAAACCCUUUCACGACCUACUAUUUUGCCGUGCGGUGCUUGCAAUACAAAAUCAUGUGCCCUAUGGGUCGCGUUUGUGGUUUCGGUCGGUUUAGCAUUACAAAAUCAUGUAACAGCGAUCAACGUAAUUUUUGAGAACGUCAUCAGCGAUGUUCUACUCGCGGGAACAAGCUCCUCCUCCUCUUCGAGGCCGGGGACCGCGGGAGCCAGGGGGUAUGAACUGCAAAAAUAUCGUACCCGUAUAAAUGCAUUACAAAUUUCCUCAGCGUGAGAACUGGAAUUUGUCAUGCUUUUUUACUUUAAGGCCAAGAUUUGUAAUGCAUAAAAGCAAUUAGUACGAGUGCGAUACUUUUGCAAUUCAUAGGGGUAGUCCCGGGACGAAACGCGGGCAGUACGAGGACCCGCUGGCCGCGUUUUUGGCGUCGACCGGCAGUGGAUCCUCAGCUUCGAAAUCGAAGGCGGCAUCUGCGGAGAAGAAAGUAGAUCCCCUGGGGAACUUGACCUUCGGCGGCGAGAGCGCGUCCGCGAAGAAGAAAUUGGUAAGCGCUGAUCAUGGCGCCGCUGCGACAGGAGCUGGCGUGGCGGAAGCAAAGCCGGCGACAACGAGUACUUCUACGCCCGGAGCAGGAAAUAAAGCUACGGCUGCACUAGAAAGCGGCGCUCCUGAGAUAACUUCUGCCGCAGCAAAAAUACAAGACUCCACAACCGUGGGACUAUCCACCGCUGGCGGAGAGGACAUAAGCAGUAAAAAGCCAUCGCUGGGGGCGGAAAAGCAGGCCAUUCCGGAAAAGCCGCCGGAGCAAUCAGUUGCGGGGCAAUUAGCCCAAUCUUCUGGUGCAGCGGCUUCAUCUUCACAACAGUUCUCCUUUUUCUUUCCUACGGGUCCGAAGGCUGCAGCGCCCGUCGCAGCGGUGCCGGAGCAGAUCGUGGAGGAAGCCAUCGUGGAUGACCGCAGUCGGGCAAGCACCAAGGAGCCUGCCGUGGAAGGUGGCAGAGGUGGAAUCGCUGGGGGAACCACACCGGCGAAGGCAAAAAGCAAGGCGAAAGCUCCUGGCACGGCAGCGAGCUCCAGUACUGCAGCCGGACGAGCUGUUGCAUCAUCAUCUUCGAGACCAGCUUCCGCGUCAACAAGGCCUUCCAGCAGUUCUGCGUCGAAUCACGCCAGGAACCUCCAAACUGCGAACAAACAAGCAGGGGCGGCCAAGGCAAAGGCAGCGAGCACUACUCCACCUGCGUACAAGAUGAUUUCGAGCGAAACGAUAUCCUGAGUAAAAACGUCCCCACACCAUAGUCAAGAUGGGGAUUUUGCAACGCAAACCUAGGAGUUUUGGGAGUCACGCAUGACAAGUUUCAGUCCGUAAGGUAGUGCAAGUUAGCAAGGAAAGCCGCAUCACAAAUCGACCUGCUGAUCCUGUUCACAGCAUCACAAAUUCCAAAACACGACUGGAAAUGGUUCUCAUGGGGAUGCGCAUCACAAAUGUCUUUGUCAUUGCAAAUCUGCAUUACAACUCUGGUGUGGGUACGUUUUUACACAGGAUAAACGAGCAGGACGGCAAACGUGAAAGACAAGUCGAUAGCAGACCUGGCAGCCGGGAAAAACAAAGCUGCAACUACGUCGUCUUCCAUAUGGCGUUCUCAAGCGUUCCAUUCUCAACUGUUACAUGAAUUUGUGAUGCAAGAAUAGGAGAAGCAAAAGAAGGGAGCUUGCACCUCUCGCAUUACAAAUUUGGCACAGAUUUUAGUGCUGUUUAGCCCUUCUAAAAUUUGUCAUGCGAAGUAGCUUCAUCGUAUGGAUGCUGAUGCGCAUUUUGCAUGACAAAUCAUGUAACAGUUGAGAGUGUAACGUUUGAGAGCUCCAUAUUCCACCUCCGCGAAAGCCAGCCGGCCGCUCACUCCGGCCUCCGGGAAAGGAGCAAGAACGCGCGCGGCGCCAUCGGCGACCGCUGCUAGCGGCUCCACCGGUGCUGGAAAAGCAUCUUCGAGUGCAACUAGUACGGGCACAAGGAGUGCUGCCGGAGCGGGCGGCUCCGGGGCGGAUCUGGGAGGAGGUUUGCCCCUACUACUGUUGUUGCAGAAUAGAGAAAUUAGAAUUACGAAAUGCGAAACCGAAUUUCAUGUACCUGUAGAAGUAUGGUGAUGGUGGCGUGCUGAGAUGCAGAUGCUAUCUUUCUUUGAGUAAACCUACCUACCUGUUAUCAACACUAUAAACUUAUGAAAAAUCGACACUUCCCCAGCUCAACAACAUCACGCUGGAGCUGGAGGACCCGGUCACUCCGGUCCGACGUGGCAGGAAGUGAACCAGCUCUGGGAGGUGAUUGGUAAAUGGGAGUCGAGUUUUUCCGACCUCAAGAAGCUGCACGAAACGGAGGUUGGGGAUUUGAAAAAGCAGCUGCAGCUUGCGUUGAGCGGCGACGGAGACUUUUUGGGUAGGAACAUGAACGGCGACGAGCUCGGCAGCCCCAGUCGCGUGGACCGAGGUGGGCGGCUGCUAGAGAAAAGCGGCGCGGCUUUCGGAGCGUCCGUGCUGGACCAAAAGGCCGACGAUGUGCUGGUGUCGAGCUCGUUUGCCACGUUGGACGCCGCGAUAUGAGAGUGCACAUCUCUCCCUUUCCCUCAUGUGUGACGCAACGCGCCAAACUCUUUUAAGCCUGUCUCUGCAUGACAAUUUCAGGAGGGCCAAACACAAACUGCACUCCAGUCCAGGCCUGGAUUUGUCAUGCAGAGGCUGCAGCAUUUCCAUGUGGAUUUGCAUUUUCGUUUUCCAGGCGCUAUGUAAAAAUGGUAGAAAUUAUGCCCCCUCAAAUGGGAGAGAGGGGAAGUUUGCUUCCAUACGCGAAGGACGAGUACCAAAAACUUCGCCGGGAGUACGAGGAGUUCAGGAAAGCGAAGUUCGUGGAAAUCGAGUUGCUGCACAACAAACUCGCGACCGGAGGUGGAGGCGUGGGUGGGAUUGCUGGUACUAGUGCAACUACAUCUUUGAUACCCACACAGCACGCGGCCGAAGUCGCGCAACUCCGAGCGGAAAACGCGCAGUUGGUGAAACAGGUAGAGUACUUCACACUCUAUGCGACGGUCUGAGAAACAAAGGCAGGAAAGAACGCGGAGAAGAACAAGGUGCCGCAGCGAUGAGUAGUGGCUCUCGAAAGUCGUGCUGUCCUCUCUUCUUGUCUCCUCCACGCGUUGCUGUCUUUCGCGGUACAUUAUCAUUGCGAUGCACUCCUCAUCGCUGCUCGAAAACUCAUACACAGCGCUGAAUAAAGCAACAAAAGCAAAAGAAAUGCCGGAGAGGUUUUGAUACCUCUUUGGUCCGAUGCUUUGCAACGCAGUAAGAGUUCGCUCUUGACAUACAAAAAUUUCUGAUCACAUAAUUCAUAACCGGAGCUGUUCUGAAGAAGGUGGAGCCAAGAACGUCGCAACGAGCUACAUUCGGUCCUCCUACUAGUUCAGGAGAAGUUAUUGUCAG